GACCCAAGCGUACUUCCGCUUGUCAUUCAACGAGACCGUAGGAAAAGAUUCUACUUCUUCUACUUCUCUCAUUUGUUCGUACAUUGGGAGCUGAAUUUUGUGAUCAUCAUGACACUGUUUCACUUCGGGAACUGCUUUGCUCUGGCAUAUUUUCCUUACUUUAUAACAUACAAGUGCAGUGGCCUUUCGGAGUACAAUGCCUUCUGGAGAUGUGUCCAGGCUGGUGCAACCUAUCUGUUUGUCCAGCUCUGUAAGAUGCUGUUCUUGGCUACGUUUUUCCCCACAUGGGAAGGAGGAGCUGGAGUUUAUGACUUUGUAGGGGAAUUUAUGAAGGCAACAGUGGACCUGGCAGACCUGUUGGGCCUCCAUCUUGUGAUGUCACGUAAUGCUGGUAAAGGAGAGUACAAGAUCAUGGUGGCUGCCAUGGGCUGGGCAACAGCAGAACUUGUCAUGUCCAGGUGUCUUCCUCUGUGGGUGGGAGCCAGAGGGAUUGAGUUUGACUGGAAAUACAUCCAGAUGAGCUUUGACUCUAACAUCAGUUUGGUCCAUUAUAUUGCCAUGGCAGCAGUGGUGUGGAUGUUUACACGAUAUGACCUUCCCAAGAGCUUCAGGCUGCCUGUUACGGUGCUUCUGGCUCUUUGUGUCUACAAGGCCUUCUUGAUGGAGUUGUUUGUCCACGUCUUCCUCUUGGGCAGUUGGACAGUGUUGCUGGUCAAAGCCGUGCUGACUGGUGCCAUCUCUCUCUGCUCUCUGUUUCUCUUCGUCACCCUGGUCCACAGCAACUAAGUAAACCUCAGCACCCUGGGUUAAGCCUUCAGCAGUCUUUUUGGUCCACAGUGUACCUGGGUUGUCCUAAAUCAGAAGCUGACCCCUGACACCAUAUCAGUCUUAGUAUUACCAAACAACACUAAAGACUGCUGGGAAAAUGCUUGUAGAUAUUGAGUAGCUGGUCUGGUGUGAUGUACAAAAAAAGGCUGAUGCACAAGCCGCCAACUGGUGAGCUAACCUCUUCUUCCAGUUUGUUUUGAUGAGCCUGUAUGGUCCAUUGAUGUCCAUCAGUUAAAAGUGCAGGAUGAAUGGUGACAUCAGGAUGCUUCUGUAAUAUGAUUGGCUUCCCUAAGCUCUGUUGGUUUUGUGAAAAGGUGAAUUUUGUAUCUGAAUGACCACAAAUGAAAUGAGACUUUAUAAAUAACAUUUCUUUUCUAUGUGUUGUCCAAUGAGCCAUCGUAAAUGCUUAGGUUAGAUAGUGAAAUAUACUGAGUGCAUUUAUAUCAGAUGAAUGACAGUGAUAGUUCUUUGAUAGUUCAUUAUGUGGCCCCAAAUUUAUCAAUUUAUUUAUAUACAAAUAAAUAUACAAGUAGUUAAAACAAAACUUUAGCAAAAGUUUUCUAAUUAUUGAAGCAAUUUUCAAAAAGAUUUAAGGUUUAACUUAAAAACUCAUCAGCAGUAUGAAUAAACUGAGGUUCACUCAGCAUUAUGACAUUGUGUUGAAUUGUAAACAUCUGGGAUUUUGACAUAAAUAUCUUUUGUCUUACCUCA